UUUUAAUUUUUAGUAAAUUUGGGGGUCUUCACUACUGAGUCUGUGACAAAAAGAAAGAGAAGCAGAGGAGCGUUGCAGGGUUAGCUUUUCUCUUCUCUUUUCCUCACCAUCUUGGUUUGGUAUGCCCUCAUUACUCUCUCUCUCUCUCUCUCUCUCUCGUCUAUCCUCCAUCUCAUCACAUCCGUUCUUCUGAGUAGAUUAUAGCGCAAGGUUUCAAUUUAUGAUUUAUUCGGGGAAUUUUGAGUGAGGGGGUACUGUUGAUCUUUGAGUGAAAUUAUAAAUGGUUCGCCUCUAUUGAUCUUUUUGUGUUUUUCUCCUUCUGAUUUGGGUUUGAUGAUUUCUCCCUUUUUGAGCUUGAAGAGGAAGUGAGCUUUGGUUUUAGGGAAGAAGAUUAUACGUUUAUGAUGUCCGUGAUGAUGGUGAGGAGUCUUUUGACUGGAGAAAGAGAUCAGAUAAAGCAAAAAGAGGAAAGAAGAAAAGAUGUCUCCAUUAAAGGCUAGUAUUGCUUGUGAUUGUCAAUGAAAGAGAAACUGGGUUUUCUCCGUUUCUUUUUUUCUCUUUUUCACACAUCUCAUGUGGAGCGGAUGUGAUCUGCCUGGAAGGGGUGGUUAUUGUUGUUGUAGUUGCAGAGAUAUUUUAGGGGUCUUUUUCUAGGGUUUCUGUUGUUUGGCUAUUUCUUUUCAUUUUUCUAAAGGUUUACCAGAAAUGCCGAUGUUCCAGCCUUCUGGUUGGAGAAGGGAUGGGGAUGUUAGGUUUGACGUGGUGGGUGGUGGCGGGCAUGUUCUAGAUCUGGACACUGCAGUCAAAGAUGGUGUUUUGGGUGGGGGUGGUGGUGGUGGAGUCUGCGGUGGUGGUGGUGAGAAAUUGGAUCUGAAGAAGAUGAUCGAAGAGCUCGAUUUGGACGAAGUUCCCUCCGUCUUCAUCUGCCCCAUCUCUCUCGAACCUAUGCAGGACCCAGUGACGCUCUGCACUGGCCAAACUUAUGAGAGAUCCAACAUUCUCAAAUGGUUCUCCUUAGGGCACUUCACCUGCCCGACAACGAUGCAGGAACUUUGGGACGAUUCGAUCACACCAAACAAAACGCUUCAUCAUCUAAUCUAUAGAUGGUUCUCUCAGAAAUACUUGCUUAUGAAGAAGAGGUCCGAAGAUUUGCAGGGCAGGGCGUCGGAGCUUUUGGAGACACUAAAGAAGGUUAAGGGACAAGCCCGAGUUCAAGCCCUCAAGGAGCUGCAACAGGUCGUAGCCUCCCAUGCCUCGGCGAAGAAGACGGUGGUUGACGAGGGCGGUGUGGCUCUCAUUUCAUCUCUACUGGGUCCUUUCACUUCCCACGCUGUUGGGUCCGAAUCCAUUGGGAUACUUGUGAACUUGAACCUCGAUUCUGAGUCAAAGGUGAAUCUGAUGCAACCUGCCAAGAUCUCUUUGAUGGUAGACAUUUUGAAUGAGGGGUCCAUCGAAACCAAGAUCAAUUGUACAAGGCUGAUUGAAAUGUUGAUGGAUGAGAAGAAUUUUAGUUCAGAGGUUGUUUCCAGUCCGAGCCUCUUGGUUGGAUUGUUGAGGCUGAUCAAGGAUAAGCGACACCCAAAUGGGACUUCCGCUGGGCUUGGUCUCCUAAAGACAAUUUGUUCGCAUAAUCAAGUCAGAAACUUGGUGGUGAGUGUUGGUGCUGUUCCCCAAUUGGUUGAGCUUUUGCCCAAUUUGAAUCCCGAUUGCUUGGAAUCGGCUCUUUUCAUCUUAGACAUUUUGUGCACCUUGCCCGAAGGAAGGUCGGCUCUGAAGGUUUGCUCUAAUACAAUUCCAAAUAUGGUGAGGCUCUUGAUGAGGGUAUCCGAGAGCUGUACACAGUAUGCAUUGUCGAUCUUAUGGGAGGUCUGCAAACUUGCUCCUGAGGAAUGUGCAGCAAUUGCGGUGGAAGCUGGUUUGGCAGCAAAGCUUUUACUCGUCAUUCAGAGUGGUUGUAAUCCUGCUCUGAAGCAGCGAUCAUCAGAGCUUUUGAAGCUGUGUAGUCUAAAUUACACCGAUACUAUCUUCAUUUCCAAGUGCAAGCUUACAAGAACAAUCCAGUAAAGACAAAUUUCUGUUUGAGCAUAUACAUCCGAUCAUCCCCUUUCCAUUCCUGCCUUUGGGAGUAACAGAGUUGAAGGGCCCGCCAGCUCCGACAGAAAUUGCAAGCAAGAAAUUGACCAGCUCGAGUGGUGCAAAGUUUGGGGGAUGGGGGGGUUCUGAGGUACUCGGCUUUGCUCCUCUUGUCUUGUGUAUACUAAAAACUUGUAAUUCUCUCGAUUGUUUUCACACACACGAAGAAUCAUCAUAAUGUGGGUUUCUAUGCAAGUUGCUAUCUGUGGUGGAUAAAUUCACUGCCUCUGGAUAAUAGCUGGUGGCUCUCCCAAAAGUUUCUCCAAUAAACCGCAGUGAAGUUCUGCUUUAAUUUGGGCCAUUUUUUUGGUUACUCCAAAGUGUUAUAGGUUGUGAUUGGUCUUCAAAGCAAGUGUUGUAUAUCUUUCUUUAUGCAUGUACUUUGAUAGGGGUUGGAUGGGUGUGAAAAUGGAGAGAGAUUUGGGAUGGGGGGAUUCCUUGCAAGCAUUUAGCUCUUGCAGUUUGCGGUUGAAAUGACUGUCAAGAUGCCCAGUUAAUCCCAUACCCUGUUUCUGUUUUAGGGUUUUGGGGAGGGCUGUUUUGUUUUGGGUUCCUGAGAGAGGGGAGCUUGAUGUAGCUCCAGCCAUUGUAGAGACUGUAAAAGCCUUUGGCCUCUAAAUAUCCAUUCAAAGUGUAAAAUGAAAAAUUGCCAUUCCUUCUUUUAUUCAAUUCUCUUCAUUUC